AAGCAAUCAAUUUUACUAUCCUUAUCCAAGCACUUACUUCCGCUAUAAUUAAAAUAUCAACAAAGAAACCUCUGCCAAUCUCACGAUUUCGCGAAAGAAAAGGUACUGCUGGUGUUGAGUUCGUGCCGCCAGACGUGGUCCGGCGAGAAGGGUUGAGGGCUGCGCUGUGUGCAAUUGGCGACGAUCAUAAAGACUUUGCCCAGCACCUCUGAACUGGUGCUGUUAUUCAGUAUUGAAUCACCGUAUUCUCAACCCAAGCAGCUUCAACUCCAACAAGCUUAUAAGAGAAAUGUGGAAUGUGGCGAUAUCCAGUCCGUUAUAGCCGUUCUGGCGCCUUAAUCACCAAUUGUCGUGAUAAUCCUAUUUUUACCAAAAGAAAACCACGUUCAUUCUCACCGCGCUUUUUCACGACUGGCACGCUUCACUAUCCGGAAGCACCCAGCAAAGACCAGCAUCAUGACCUCGCCUCAUACAUCGCGUAUGCAGAGCGCACAGGCCUAGACGUAGAAUCAAACGUGUUCAUUGGCACACACUAUGAGUACAGCAUAGUAUCGGCCCUACGCCCACUAGGCUUCGACCUCCGGCGCAUAGGCGGGCAAUCUGACAAAGGCAUCGACCUUCUAGGGACGUGGAGCGCGCCGUCUGCGCCAGCGCACCUGCCGCUACGCGUCCUCCUCCAAUGCAAGGCAUAUUCGGCUGCUAGAACCGCCAAGGUUGGUCCGCAGUUUAUCCGCGAGCUCGAGGGCGCCUAUGUCAGUGCGCCCGCUGGCUGGCGUGGCUCCGGCGUUAUAGCGCUUUUUGUCACUCAGCGCCCGGCUACCAAGGGCGUCAGAGAGGCGUUGGCACAAAGUCGUCGGCCCCUAGCCUAUGUUUCGUGUUCUAAGGACGGCGUGCUCGAGCAGAUGCUUUGGAACCGGAGGGCCGAGGAAGAAGGGCUGGAAGGCAUGGGCGUUACGAUGAGACUCUCAGACGAAGACCGUCACGGAGAUGCGCAGCGUCUUGUGCUUACUUGGAAGGGUCGACCUUACAUUCCUCUGAGCACUCAUCCGGACGUAGGGCCAGACCUCCCCGAACCUUCGCCAGGCGUUGGAGCUGAUACAGAAGCUGCUGUAUGAGUAGGGGGUUCAAAUCUGACGUAGAGCUACACGAGGACCAGUAGACUUCAAAUUCUGAUAAGAAUGCCCCAAAGGGAUUCAGAAUCCAACCAGACACUAUACGCCAGGUCUUCCCAGAUAAAUCAGGACCAUAGUUCUGCGAUAGAGCGGUUGCCAUCCCAGCAGCCAGUAAGCGCAUUUCAACUUGACGUGAAAAUUCGAGGCAGUCUAGAGUCGCCGCUCGGCAUCGGGAAAUCAAGUCAGAAGAUCGAUACAAUGAACUAUCCAAGGGG